CCCCCACUCCUCCCCUCCUGCUCUCUCUCUCUCCCCUCUUUUCGCAACCCUCGGUUGGAUAGCUUGCUCUUGCUUCGCCCUCAUUCUCUGCCAUGCAGACGGCCCUCCGGCCGGCGGUAUUCGAAGUCCUGGACUCGGGCCCCCGAGACAUGACUGGUGCCAUCGAGGAUGCCCAGCAGCUGCUAGCUUCCGCUCCCGUCUCCCCCUUCCUGUCGGAGGAGUUCGAUGCCAUCCGCCAUGCAGCGCAACUGAUCACCAGUGGCGUUGCCAGUGGAACGACCGCGGAUGGCGAUCCGUCGGGCUUGGCAGCCGUGGCAGGCGACAUCCGCACCGCCAUUGAAAGGCUCUUGGCCUCUGGUUUGCCACUUCUCCUGCACCGGAUCAAUCUCGUGUCUCCCCUGCGUGAGCAUCUGCCGGAGAUUCACCGCAGUGUGCAUGGCCUCCUGCGAAGCAUCGGUGAUGGCAGUGCCGAUCCCGGGGCCCAGGGCGCGUCGCUGCUCGGCCUGGGGCCCUUUUGGGCGGAUGCCCGAGCCGCGGCAGGCGAUCUGACCCUGCUGGCCAGUGCGACCGACAUCGCCGGACACCUUGCCCAUGGGAGCAGGCUUUUCGCCGGAUUGCAGGAUGCCUGCCUGGCACUGCACCGGUCGUUGGCCGGGAGCACCCACCCAGACGCCGAAGGCCUGCCGGAUCUGGCACCGGAAUUCCUGCUCUGCUGCCAGCUGUAUGCCGACUGCGUGACACUCUUCCGAUCGCCGGUUGUUCAGGACAUCGUCUCUGCCCAGGCGGACCUGCGCAGCCUCCAAACACACUACCAGCCCUUCCUGUCUGCCAUUGGCGAUGGCCUUGCCAAUCGCCUGAUUGGGCAGGUGUGUACCUCCCAUGCAGAUGCUCAGGACCUGCUGCUGCCCCGGCUCAAGUGCUUGGCUUUCGUCUUCUGCGGCCUCUCGCAAUUGGGCUCUCUCUUCCACUCGCUUCUGGCCGCCCUGGCCCAGCCGCUGGCAUACUUCAUGAAGACCGUUCACCACCUGACCCUUCAGGUGGGCGCGACUGCCGGGCUCGCGGCCUCCCCGGGCCACCAGUACUCGGCUUUGGUCGGCGUAUGGGAUACCCUCGCUGAUUCCUUCCACCGGAUUUGCGUGAUCGAACAUCUUUUGGACUUGCUCCCUGAUGAUCUUCUCCCGCCCGAGACCCUGGGCUUUUCCGGCCUCCUCCGGCACGCGGUCGCCUGUUGUGUGGUCUUCCUGUCGGCGCCAGCCUGGUCGGUGCCGGCUGAUCAGCUGUACCUGCUCAACUCCCGGGCCAUUGCCAGCAUUGAGCGCAGCCUGGCGGCCAAUUUGUCGGCCCCCCUGCCGGACGUCGUCGGCAACUUGCCCGCAUCGUUCCUGUUUGCCGGGACCUCUUCGUAUCCCCUGUCUGCGGUCUUUUGGGCCAUCUGCCACUUUGAGAUGAAUCGAACGGGCUCAGGGCUGUCGCGCUCGAUUGAGGAGUUGCCUGCCGCCACCGCCACCUCCGGCAUCGGGGUGUCGAGCUUCAGCUCGCGGAACCCCUCGGAGGCGCGAUUGCUCGGCUUCUGCCAAGAUUGGAUUGUCUCUUCGCGGCGUUUUCUCUCGCGUCUGGAGGACUUCUCCGCCCCGAUGGCCAGCGCCUCCUGUCCGCCGGAACUCCUGUCUUGCAUUCGCCACAUCAUCCAGGACUCGGCCACGGCGCCGGUGGUCCGGGCGGUGAUCGGCCACCUGGCUCGGAAGUCCUUCACCCUGGCGGCCGAAUGCACUGCCUCUCUAGAUGCGCUGGAGGAGCGAGCCGCCGCCCUGUCCAGUGCCCCCGUGUCACCGGCAACCCCCGAUGUGCGGGAUUUGUCCAGCCUCCUGCCGACCGACGCGCUGCUGAGCGACCUGGUCAGCCAGCUUAUCGCCGAGCUUCGCGGAGCCCUCGGGGUGGAUAUCGGCCACAGCUCGGAGGUGCUCCGAGCCUCGGGCCCCCUGGCGGCGCCGGUGCUCCCCUGCACCAGUCUCGGCAGCUUGUCCCUCUUCGAGGGCGUGGCCAGCGCCAGCUCGCGGUGUUGCCAGCUGAUCGCCGCACGCCUCGAGUCAACCGCCUCCUUGCUGCCAGCCGUUCGACUUCCCACGGCCCCAACUAGCGCCUCGCUGCCGCCCCUGCUGCAGCUUCGCAUCAAAAUGGCGGCCACCGCUUUCUCCUUGAGAUCACUGCUGCUGGCACGCCUGGAAAUGGUGCUCCCCGGGGAGUGGGAGUCAGCGCAUGGGGCCGAGUUGGCGCACUUCCGCCAGACACUUGAGCACACUUUCCAAGACCCGCUGGCCUUGCUGGAUUCGUUGAUUUUCAACACCCUCCUGGGGCCCCUGCUCCUGGAGGACGCCACCCGGGCCCUGCUCAUCGAUGGGUGUCUUCACUCGCUGGCACUGUCUUUCCAUCCCGGCCACUCAAGUCACAUUCCUUCAUCCUUCUCCGGGGUAUCUCGACACAUUGACGCCCUGUCGCGGCGGGUGGUUUUCCUUCGGCAAACCGUCCUUGCGCAAUUGCCCGGCAUUGGCGGGACUCCCUCUUCCUCAUCUUCGGGGCUGGCCACAGCGGCGACCGCCAGAGCCGGUGACACGGAGGACUUUGAAAUCUUCUUCCGAUGGACAAGCAUGAUGGUGGACUGCCUGGCCGAUGCAUUUGUCUGGCGGCUGGUCCUGGCGGUUGGUGACUUCCUCGGGCUCACGUGUACCGGGGCGGCGGGGUCCAAUCCCCAGCAAGCCGGGGCUCAUGCCGCGCGCGGCGGCGAGUAUGGCCUUCCGGAGUCCGUGCGCGUGCGCCUGGCCGAUGACACCGCACGCGUGGAGGCCCUUUGUGUGGAUCUAUUGUGCCUGCCGCCGGCGGUGACGGCCGGCACGGCGGGCAACGGCGGCCCCACGGCGAGCGUCGACACGCGCCUCUCCCCGGCCGGUCUGGAUGGGCGCCUUCACAGUGUCCGUGGCAUCCGCGUGCUCCGUGCCAUGCAGUCCCUUCUCUUCCAUACGCCGGAGUCUUUGCACCAGCUGAUCUCGCUGCCGGUGCCGGGGUCCACAAACGGCGGUGAUACCACGGAGCCGGCCGCCUCGCCGCUGGCCUACUCGUCGGCAGCCACGAUCCCGAUGUUCUCCCUGGAUCCCUUUUUACUGGCACACUUCAUCCUGGCCCUGUGCCAAGCCAAGUCGGCCCCCUUCCUGGUGAUGCCGCACACCCGGUGCGUGGCUGGCGUUGGGCCCGAUCUCCUCUCCGCGUCACGCCGGCCAGGCUGGCCCGUGCGCUGACACCCUCUUGCCCCUCACAACACCCUCCAGGCUGGGCAUGACGACCGACGAGUAUUCCGAUCGGAUUUUGGCCGAGCGCGCGCUGGCGGCCGGGGGUGACUCGCCGCCGGCCGUGGAUCCGGUGGUCCCCGGCGGCCGGCCGGCAUCCAGCAUGCAAGCCCUGGCGGCGGCCACCAUCUCCGACAUCGUGCGCACGGGGGCCGACGAGCUGGCCCGGCAGGCAGCCGGGCCGGCCGAUGUCCCCCACUUCCUCCAGUCGAUUCUCACGCGCGUUGCCGAUGUCAUCUCCGUCAUCCCCGUCGGGCAGGUGGCUCCGCUGUGAAGGGCCCCCGCCCGGCCCUCGGCGUCGGCGGGGGCAGGGCGUGGCGUGGCGUGGCGUGGCGUGGCG